AUGAGCUUAAAUCGCCACGAUGCUACUCAGAAAGAGGAGUUGGGAAGUCCCGCAAAUCCCAAAUUACAGAGCCUGCCCCAAUUAUCAUCAUCUCCAUCGGCCAAGGAGACCAUGGAUCGCCGGACCCUUUCUGCCUACGAUAUAGCCAGAAUAAAACUAGCAGAACCCGUCACGGCUGCAUUCCUAGCCGGCGGUGUUGCGGGCGCAGUUUCCCGGACACUCGUGUCACCCCUCGAACGACUGAAGAUCCUCCUUCAAAUCCAAAGUGUUGGUAGGGAAGAAUAUAAGCUGUCGAUCUGGAAAGCCCUUGGGAAAAUGAAACGAGAGGAAGGCUGGCGGGGCUUCAUGCGAGGGAAUGGGACGAAUUGUAUUCGCAUUAUUCCCUAUUCUGCAGUGCAGUUUGGAAGCUACAAUUUCUACAAGAAGUUCGCAGAAACGACCCCGGACGGCGACAUCACCCCACUCCGCCGUCUCGUGUGCGGAGGACUCGCCGGCAUCACUUCCGUGACGGUCACCUACCCCCUGGAUAUCGUUCGAACCCGGCUCUCUAUACAAUCGGCUUCGUUUGCGGACCUUGGCAAGCACGACCAGGGCAAAUUGCCGGGAAUGUUCACCACCCUGGUAUUGAUCUACAGAAAUGAGGGUGGCAUGAUUGCCCUCUAUCGAGGCAUCGUCCCUACCGUCGCCGGCGUUGCUCCUUACGUCGGGCUGAAUUUUAUGACCUACGAAUCGGUGCGCCAAUAUCUGACGCCCGAAGGGGACAAGAACCCUAGUCCUUAUCGAAAGCUCCUAGCCGGGGCCAUCUCGGGGGCCGUGGCACAAACUUGCACCUAUCCAUUUGACGUGUUGCGCCGGCGUUUCCAGAUCAACACCAUGUCCGGAAUGGGCUACAAAUACAAGUCCAUCUGGGAUGCAGUCCGUGUGAUUGUGACGGAGGAAGGGAUGCGCGGCCUGUUCAAGGGGAUCGGGCCCAACCUGCUAAAAGUGGCGCCCAGUAUCGACUUGGACCGUCACCAUGUGCGCAACAGCCACCGCAAGGCGCCUAAGAGCGAGAACGUCUAUCUCCAGGUCCUGGUGAAGCUGUACCGCUUCCUUGCCCGUCGGACCGAGUCCAACUUCAACAAGGCCGUUCUGCGUCGCCUCUUUAUGUCGCGGAUCAACCGCCCCCCGGUUUCCCUCUCGCGGGUCGCCUCGAACAUCAACGAGUCGCAGAAGGGCAAGACCGUCGUGGUCAUCGGUACCGUCACGGACGACAACCGCCUUCUGACCAUUCCCAAGCUGUCCAUCGCUGCUCUCCGCUUCACCGCCACUGCUCGCGCUCGCAUCGAGAAGGCCGGUGGUGAGACCCUGACCCUGGACCAGCUUGCUCUGCGCGCUCCCACCGGAGCCAACACGCUCCUCCUCCGUGGCCCCAAGAACGCUCGCGAGGCUGUGAAGCACUUCGGUUUCGGUCCUCACACCGACAAGAAGCCGUACGUGGCCAGCAAGGGUCGGAAGUUUGAGCGGGCUCGUGGCCGCAGAAGGUCUCGCGGCUUCAAGGUCUAA